CCUGACGCUCCACCGGCCCCGCCGGCGCGCGGCGGCGUCCGGCCCGGAUGGACCCCCAGACCCCUACCCCGGCGCAGACCCCGCGCUACUUCACCUGGGACGAGGUGGCGCAGCGCUGCGGGCGCGAGAAGGAGCGGUGGCUCGUGAUCGACCGGAAGGUGUACAACAUCAGCGAGUUCAUCCGCCGGCACCCGGGGGGCUCCCGGGUCAUCAGCCACUACGCGGGCCAGGAUGCUACGGAUCCCUUUGUGGCCUUCCACAUCAACAAGGGCCUCGUGAGGAAGUAUAUGAACUCUCUCCUGAUUGGGGAACUGUCUCCAGAGCAGCCCAGCUUCGAGCCCACAAAAAAUAAAGAGCUGAUCUCUGAGUUCCGGGAGCUGCAGGCCACCGUGGAGCGGAUGGGGCUCAUGAAGGCCAACCGUGUCUUCUUCCUGUUGUGCCUGCUGCACAUCGUGCUGCUGGAUGUUGCCGGCUGGCUCACGCUUUGGGUCUUUGGGACGUCCUUUGUGCCUUUCAUCCUGUGCGCGGUGCUGCUCAGCGUGGCUCAAGCUCAGGCUGGCUGGCUGCAGCACGAUUUCGGCCACCUGUCCGUCUUCAGCACCUCCACUUGGAACCACGUGUUUCAUCAUUUCGUGAUUGGCCAUCUGAAGGGAGCCCCCGCCAGUUGGUGGAACCACUUGCAUUUCCAGCACCAUGCCAAGCCCAACUGUUUCCGCAAAGACCCAGACAUCAACAUGCAUCCGUUCCUUUUUGCCUUGGGGAAGGUCCUCUCCGUGGAGCUUGGGAAACAAAAGAAAAAGUACAUGCCGUACAACCACCAGCACAAAUACUUCUUCCUGAUGCCGGCCGGUGCCAAUGGACCAAACAAGGAAUGCCAAGGUGGCCAGAAGGGGCCGCAGGAGUGGACGGCGGGGGGCAGCCCCGCGCCAGAGGCCACCUCCCUGGCCCUGAACCCGCCCCCGUGCUGCUCACGCCUCCUCCCUGUCUCCGUUUCCUCCCCAGUUGGGCCUCCAGCCUUGCUGCCUCUCUACUUCCAGUGGUAUAUUUUCUAUUUUGUUUUCCAGCGGAAGAAGUGGGUGGACUUGGCCUGGAUGAUCAGCUUCUAUGUCCGCUUAUCCCUCACUUACAUGCCAUUGUUGGGACUGAAAGGCCUCCUGGUCCUUUUCUUCAUGGUCAGGUUCCUGGAGAGCAACUGGUUUGUGUGGGUCACACAGAUGAACCACAUCCCCAUGCACAUCGAUCACGACCGGAACAUGGACUGGGUCUCCACCCAGCUCCAGGCGACAUGCAACGUCCACAAGUCUGCCUUCAAUGACUGGUUCAGCGGACAUCUCAACUUCCAGAUUGAGCACCACCUUUUCCCCACGAUGCCGCGACACAAUUACCAUAAGGUGGCCCCCCUGGUGCGGUCCCUGUGUGCCAAGCAUGGCAUAGAGUACCAGUCCAAGCCCCUGUUCUCAGCCUUCGCUGACAUCGUCUACUCACUGAAGGAGUCUGGGCAGCUCUGGCUAGAUGCCUAUCUUCACCAGUAACAACCACCACCCCUCCCCCCAUCUGGAAAUGCUGCCCAUCUUCACUGAUCACACCAGCCCACCCGGAAGGGGUGUUCCUGCACCAGAGCGGAGGGGAGCUUAAGGGACAAUGCCACUAUACUUCUAAUAUUCCGAGGGGGUGUGGGUUUGAGGAGACGGAGACGCUGACUCAAACCCCUCCCCUUUAUCUUCCAGGAAGAGAUCUAAGACCCAAAGGGAUAGGGGACCGAGCAUGCCCUCUGGAAGGAGGGAUGAGGCUGAUGGGGCAGAGAUGUGACUGUUUUUGUUUCUUUAGUUUGGCAGAUACAGAUGGUUGGUGAGCAAAGAGGGAGGCAGAGGGUGUUGGAAGACUAGGGAGCACGUGCUGAGCCCAGAGAUCAGGAAGAAAAUUAGCAUUAAAAUUCCAGCCAGGGGGCGCCUGGGGAGCACAGUCGGUUAAGCAUCAGACUCUUGAUUUUGGGUCAGGUCAUGAUCUCACGGUUC